AUGGCCUUGGUCAAGAUUCAGCCGUCUUUAAGCAGUCCUUCCAUGUCCCAAACUAAUUGCAGUCUUCCAUUCAGAUGUGGAAACUUCGCAGCCGGUUAUCCUUUCUGGGGAGGUGACCGACCUAGUGGUUGUGGCCAUCCUGACCUACAGCUCUAUUGUGGUUGUGACAGUAUUUCGGAAUUUUUUAAUUACGGUUACCGCGGAGACUAUUGUUCAACUGAUUGGCCUACCAUGGUGAUCAAUGCUGUAGUCUACAGUAUUUUAAAUAUUGACGAGAAAGCCCAAAUUCUCAGGAUUUCAAGAGUGGACUACCUGGACGGAAUUUGCUUACCUUUAUAUCCCAACAGCACCAUCAAGUCUACACUUCUUGAUUAUGAUCCUGGGUAUGAGCUGCUUACUUUAUCUUACAAUUGCCAAGGAUAUGCAUCUUCUCCGGCAGGACACUUCUCUUGCUCUGAAAAUAAUACUUAUAGUGGUUAUGACAAUGUAUCCAUAGCAGAAGGGCUUGCCCCUACUCUGGAGGGAUGCGAGAGCUUUACCACGGUUCCAGUUUCUAGGAGUUUACAUUCAACAAUGAUAGGAAAUUUGUCGGUUUUGGAAGAAGCCAUAAGAGAAGGAUUUCAGAUGAAAUGGACCGUGAGCGGCAUCGCAUGUGAGGAAUGCAAAUCUAAUGGAAGUUGUGGUUACAAUCCUCUGUUCAAUCAGACAUUUUGCUAUUGCCCAAAUGGACAAUUCUCCACAUCAUGUUCUUCAUCAGGAUCAUUUUUGAACAAGAGAAGAAUCAUUUUCAUAGGUAACAUGCUCAUCAGGCAACUUUGA